AUGACAACAGCUCCGCCAGACCCAUUGGCACAACCGGGCCGUCCCAUUACCUCACUCCCACCACUCCCAAACCCUUUGCAUCCAAGGGGCCCGUCGGCAGUGCUCAACGCCAACGAUGCACUGAGGACUUUGCAACAACUGGGCGAGGGCGCCAAUAGCGGAUCGGUCGAGUACCCAUACCCUACCACAUUCGAGUACCCUCUUCCCCCACUCCCGCCCAUUCCGGCGCCAUCGAGCGGCAGCCGCCGUCGCAGGUCCACAACGCACUCGGCAGUCCACCCUGUACUGGUCCCACCCAUCCCGGCAUCGUCUCCGCUGUCGCACGCGCAGACCCUCGACGAGGCCAUUGCAGCCCACAAUGCAACCCAGCCAGACCUCAUUGCCAGCUUGCAAUAUGCCCGGACGGCCCUCCUCGUCAAGAUGGGGAGCAGGGGAUACAUCUGGGCGUUCCUGCGCACGCUGGAUGCCGACGAGGACGCAGACGCACACGAGGCAAAGGUGCUGUGUGUGCGGUUUUUUCCUUCCAAGGAGCCACGGCCGCCACCGAUCCACGCCGUUCCGCCAACCGGCCCCGCGACCGUGCUGUCGGAACACUUGACGUCUCUGGACCUCUCCGUCCCUGCCCUCCUGUAUCGCCUUCCACACGUGCUUGGCCUCCUCGACUCGGCGUGCUUUUACUGCUCGCGCCACCUGUCCGAUGUCGACGGCUUGCCCUUCAACGCGACGGGGUUCAUCCCCGUGGCUAAGCCCAAGGUGGCCAAGGUCGUCGACGCGGACAAGGACGGCGACAACAAGGACGCAGCAGCAGUGGCACCGGUGAAUGGACACCGCGACUCGCUCGUGCCGCCUGAAGCGAGUGAGGGGGUGGAGGGACGCUGGGUCUCGUGGCACGCCGGGUGUGAGACGGCGUAG